AUGGACACACAAUCUGAGCAACAGGCACAGAAACAAAGCCUUGUCACCGAAGCAAGAAAAAUGGUCUCUUUAUUUCUGGAAGCUGUGGAAACAGGCAAGCAACCCACGAAGAAGCAUGAAUCAUCUCUAGCCUUUUCGAAGAAUUCGCUGAAGGCGUUUGCUUCUUCAGAGUCCAUCACAGUUGAAAUAUUCAGAGGUUCAGGUGGACUGCGCUCGAUUGUUAUUGGAGUGAAAAAGCAUUGUGCUGAGAGCGAUGUUGUGGAAUAUGGGUGUGGGGCGCUAGGAGCUCUGACUCUGUAUGAUACUUCAACCGUCAUAGAGCUUGUCAAAGUAGGAGCAAUUGAUAGCAUCAUUAUGGCCAUUGCAACUCAGGCAGAAGGUGGAACAGACGACGCUCUUGUAUCUGCUUUGAAAACAUUGCGCAAUCUUACCCAAACCGAGGAAAAUAGAACUACGAUCUUCAAGGCGUCUGGAAUUGAGGCUGUUGUUAAAGCGAUGGCUGCAAAUGGUGACUAUCCACGGACUCUAUCUCAUGGCGCCUUGGUUCUGUCAAAUCUUGCGUUUGGUAACCAGAUUAUCAAGGAGGCAGUAGGAAAUCUCGGUGGCGUAGCAGCUAUUGCAAAGGGGAUGAAGGAUCACAGGGAUUUUCAGGCUAUGCAAGCUAGGGGGUCUCUGGCUCUUCGCAACUUGUGCUAUCAGUCUGAAGACAACCAGAAAGUUGCUGGAGAGAACGAUGCUGCGAAAACGCUUCUCGCUACGAUAGGGGCAUACAAUGACGAUCGCGAAGUUGUGCAUCAGUCUUGUGUAGCGUUGGCUAACUUAUCAAGCAGGAAUGAGGAAAAUCGUCUUCGAAUUGUUGAGGCAGGCGGUGUAUCGACCUUGGUGAAGCUUAUGCAAACCUACACAGAGUCUUCGACAGUUAACGAUGACUGUAUUUCCAUCAUCAGAAACAUAGCUGUUGGAAGUUCUGAGGCACAACUUGAAAUAGGCCUCAGUGGGGGAGUUGCAUGCAUAUGUGCCGCAAUGGAUAAAUUUCAGAAAAGCGAGAAAAUAGCUGAUAAAGCAUGUACAGCUCUCCGAUAUUUAUGCUUUCUUUCAGAAAACAGGGAUAGGAUACGUGAACUUCAAGGAAUUGAAGCUAUAAUCAACGCACUAAGACGAACGAAUGAUUCAUCGGUCGUUCUUGAAAAUGCACUGCUUGCAAUCGGAAACGCAACAUUCGGGUCUGAAGAAAGCAAGGCUAUCGUUGGACGAUGUGGAGGAAUAUCUGCGAUUAUUACCGCAAUUGAGCAACAUCGGUUAAACGCCGGGAUACAAGAACAUGGCUGUCGUGUUCUACGCAAUCUCGCAGAUGGAUGCGAGCUCAAUAGAAGACUUCAGGCAGAGAAUGGUGGGGUGAAUACUGCAGUUUUUGCGAUGAUGGGAUAUCCGGACAACGCCUCUGUACAGGAGCAAGCGUGUGCAAUGCUUCUAAAUAUGUCUUUCAGCACUGCAAACCUUGAGCGACUUGAGCAUGCUGAUGUACAUCGCCUAGCGGAGAAAGCUGUAAAUCUACACACGAAGCAUCGUGGCGUGCAGUUGCAGGCCGGAACUCUGCUGGAUCGGUUGAAUGGAUAUGACGUUACUGGUAGUGGAGAGACGAGGGCGGCAGUCACUGAACACCAGGCCCCUUCAAACAACCACAGACGAGGUCUCCGAAACCUCUUUCAUACAAGCAGUUUCCGUCGAAAUGCUAGGGAUAGCUGA